GGUCUCCGGCUGGGAGCUUCUGCGCUUUCUUGCCACAGCAUCUAAAGAUAGGCUGCCUCACAGGAAACCAAAUGCUAUUGGCUAACUUCGCAAAUAAAGAUGCCCUCAGAGAGAGGGAAGUGUAGGCGUCUGGUGGAGUUUAUGUGGGACUGGGGGACUAACUGGCUUUUCCUGUAGAAGUUCCGUCCCCAUCUGCCCAGGCUCCACCAUGCCGACCUUCCCCCCAGAGCUGGAUGUGGAGAACUUCGAGUAUGAUGAGUCUGCUGAGGCCUGCUACGUGGGCGACAUCGUGGCCUUCGGGACUGUCUUUCUGUCCAUCUUCUACUCCCUCGUCUUCGCCUUUGGUCUGGUGGGAAAUCUUUUGGUGGUACUGGCCCUCACCAGCAGCCGGAAGCCCAAGGGCAUCACCGACAUCUACCUCCUGAACCUGGCCUUGAGUGACCUGCUUUUCGUGGCCACCUUGCCCCUCUGGACUCACUAUAUCGUCAGCGAGGAAGGCCUCCACAACGCCGUGUGCAAGCUCACCACUGCCUUCUUCUUCAUCGGCUUCUUUGGGGGCAUAUUCUUCAUUACCGUCAUCAGCAUCGAUAGGUACCUGGCCAUUGUCCUGGCCGCCAACUCCAUGAACAACCGAACGGUGCAGCAUGGUGUCACCAUCAGCCUGGGCGUCUGGGCGGCAGCCAUCUUGGUGGCGGCGCCCCAGUUCAUGUUCACAAAGAGAAAGGAAAACGAAUGUCUGGGUGACUACCCCCAGGUCCUGCAGGAAAUCUGGCCCGUGCUCCGCAACUCGGAAGCCAACAUCCUGGGCUUCCUGCUGCCGCUGCUCAUCAUGAGUUUUUGCUACUUCCGGAUCAUCCAGACGCUGUUUUCCUGCAAGAAUCACAAGAAGGUCAGGGCCAUCAAACUCAUCCUCCUGGUGGUGGUGGUCUUCUUCCUCUUCUGGACGCCGUACAACAUCGUGAUCUUCAUGGAGACACUCAAAUUCUACAACUUCUUCCCUAGCUGCGACACCAAGAGGGACCUGAGGUUGGCGCUCAGUGUGACGGAGACAGUGGCGUUCAGCCACUGUUGCCUGAACCCUCUCAUCUACGCCUUUGCUGGGGAGAAGUUCAGGCGGUACCUGGGACACCUGUACAGGAAGUGCCUGGCUGUCCUGUGCGGCCGUCCUGUCCACGUCAACUUCACGCCGGAAUCUCAGAGAAGCCGGCAGGAGAGCAUCCUGAGCAGCUUCACUCAUUACACGAGUGACGGAGACGGCUCGCUGCUGCUCUAAAAGGCUCUCCUGGCUCCACCAAGAACCCAGAGUUCUUGACUCUGGCUCUGCCUUAGGAGGACGGACUUGCUUUUCCAGCUGUGUCUUAUGUGCGAGAGACGCCUACAAAGCAACCCCACGGUGUUUUUGAAAAUUUUAUGUUCAAUUCGAGAAAGGCACACACAUCUCUUACUGUAAACGCUGAACACUGGGCUUCCAAGUGACAAAGCUUCUAACCCGAUUAACAUAAUGACAUAGGGCUUGGUGAGGGUUGUUAACAAGAUCUUGUGGGUAAGGGGGGGGUGAUUAAAUCUCAGGCUGAGUGGAAACCAAGGUUUGAGUCCAGCUAGAAUGCUCCCUCCCCAACCUUGAGAUCUUUGAGUAGUGACAGGUCAUCCAGGCCCACAUUCCAAAGCUUUGACACCAGAGAAGGACCUUGUCUCUGAUUUCAAGGUCAACAUUCCCAGGGAGGGGCAUCCAUUGGCCGAGAUAUGUCACGUGACCGUCCCUUGAUUAGUUGGUGGCAUUGAGAUAGAACUGAUCUAAGAUAUUGUUGGAACCUCAAGGCUAGAGGUUGAGGGGGUGGGAACUACCGCAAUGAGACAGGAAAAGAGUAGGGCUGACUCAGGCUCUCCCUCGGCAACCAGCCCGUGUCUACGGCCAAGCUUCUUCAUUAACUGUCUUGAGGAUGUCCUGAAAACUUCAAGGGCCAGGCCCGUGUGUUUUCAUUCGAUGUAGUGAGCAGUGGGGGCCCUUGAAGUAGAUAAGAUGCAGUUCUAAAAAUAGACUCCGCGUUGUCUCUUCCUUCCCAAAGGACUCCACCCAAGCUGCUGCCGGGUCCCUUCUUUUCGUCUUCUCCCAAAUCCCUCCACUUCUCUCACCCCCCCCACCCCAGGGGGUGGGGAGAUAGAAUCUCUCUCCAGACUGAAGGGAUGGAUUCAUAUCCCAGCUCUGUCACUUACACAUUGGGGAGACCGGAGCCAACAGAGCUUCGGCCCCCUCAUCCCCUCAUCUGCAGAAAGGGCGCAGUGGCAAGUCAGCCAGGAAUGUAGCUUUGCCUGUCUCUGGCCCUGUUGUCCUGCCUCUGUUCAGGUAGACCGAGAGGAGCCUGCAGGGAACAGCCAGGUAAGAGGAGACCCAUAGCUACAGAGAUGGUCAACAACACCUAGAUCGACCGACCCAUAUCCAUCUCCCUGCUGUCAACCAUGACCCAGGCUUGCUUUCUGCCUCCACCCUGAAAGCAUCAGGUGAUCUAGCCACCUGUGUUCACCGACUGGGGCCUCGUUUAGAAUCUGACCUUGAGAAUUCCAGGGCAGUAUGGUUUUAUAACCUGCUAAAUAAAUAAAUAAUAAAAAAAUAAAUAAACACUG